GAGGGAGGGGAGGCGGGAAACGGCUUAGUGGGUGCGGGGUCGCGCAGUUCUUUUAAGCAGGCGGUGAAGAGGUUCCGAAAUGGCGGUGCUGCCGAAGGAGACGCUGCAGCUGGAUGGCGCGGCCGAGCUCGGCUUCGUGCGCUUCUUCCAGGCCAUGCCGGAGAAGCCGACCACCACAGUGCGCCUCUUCGACCGAGGCGACUUCUACUCGGCGCACAGUGAGGACGCGCUGCUAGCCGCCCGGGAGGUGUUCAAGACCCAGGGGGUGGUCAAGUACAUGGGGCCGGCAGGAACAAAGGCUCUGGAGAGUGUUGUGCUCAGUAAAAUGAAUUUUGAAUCUUUUGUGAAAGAUCUUCUUCUAGUUCGUCAGUAUAGAGUUGAAGUUUAUAAGAAUAGAGCUGGAAAUAAGACCUCCAAGGAGAAUGAUUGGUAUUUGGCAUUUAAGGCUUCUCCAGGUAAUCUUUCUCAGUUUGAAGACAUUCUCUUUGGUAACAAUGAUGUAUCAGCUUCCAUUGGUGUUGUGGGUGUUAAAAUGUCUACAGUUGAUGGCCAAAGACAGGUGGGAGUUGGGUAUGUUGACUCCGUACAGAGGAAGCUAGGACUGUGUGAAUUCCCCGACAAUGAUCAGUUUUCCAAUCUGGAGGCUCUUCUGAUUCAGAUUGGACCAAAGGAAUGUGUUUUACCUGGAGGAGAGACUGCUGGAGACAUGGGAAAACUGAAGCAGGUUAUUCAGAGAGGAGGAAUUCUGAUCACAGAAAGAAAGAGAACUGACUUUUCCACAAAAGAUAUUUACCAGGACCUCAACCGGUUGUUGAAAGGCAAAAAGGGGGAACAGAUGAACAGUGCAGUGUUGCCAGAAUUGGAGAAUCAGGUUGCAGUGUGUUCAUUGUCUGCAGUAAUCAAGUUUUUAGAACUCUUAUCAGAUGAUUCAAACUUCGAACAGUUUGAACUGACUACUUUUGACUUCAGCCAGUACAUGAAAUUGGAUAUUGCAGCAGUCAGAGCCCUUAACCUUUUUCAGGGUUCUGUUGAAGAUACUGCUGGCUCUCAGUCUCUGGCUGCAUUGCUGAAUAAAUGCAGAACCCCUCAAGGACAAAGACUGGUUAACCAGUGGAUUAAGCAGCCUCUCAUGGACAAGAACAGAAUAGAAGAGAGAUUAAAUUUAGUGGAAGCUUUUGUAGAAGAUGCAGAAUUGAGGCAGAGUUUACAAGAAGAUUUACUUCGUCGAUUUCCAGAUCUUAACCGACUUGCCAAGAAAUUUCAAAGACAGGCUGCAAACUUACAAGAUUGUUAUCGACUCUAUCAGGGUAUAAAUCAACUCCCUAAUGUUAUUCAGGCUCUGGAAAAAUAUGAAGGAAAACAUCAAGCCUUGCUGUUGGCAAUUUUUGUGACUCCUUUUAUUGAUCUUCGUUCUGAUUUCUCCAAGUUUCAGGAAAUGAUAGAAACAACUUUAGAUAUGGAUCAGGUGGAAAACCAUGAAUUCCUUGUAAAACCUUCAUUUGACCCUAACUUGAGUGAAUUAAGAGAAAUAAUGGAUGACUUAGAAAAGAAGAUGCAGUCAACAUUAAUAAGUGCAGCUAGAGACCUAGGUUUGGAUCCUGGCAAACAGAUUAAACUGGAUUCCAGCACACAAUUUGGAUAUUACUUUCGUGUAACGUGCAAGGAAGAAAAAGUGCUUCGUAAUAAUAAAAAUUUCAGUACAAUAGAUAUGCAGAAAAAUGGUGUUAAAUUUACCAACAGUAAAUUGACUUCUCUCAAUGAAGAGUAUACCAAAAAUAAAACUGAGUACGAGGAAGCCCAGGACGCCAUUGUUAGAGAAAUUGUCAAUAUUUCUUCAGGCUAUGUAGAACCGAUGCAGACACUCAAUGAUGUGUUGGCUCAGCUAGAUGCUGUCGUCAGCUUUGCUUAUGUGUCAAAUGGAGCUCCUGUUCCAUAUGUACGGCCGGUCAUUUUGGAGAAAGGACAAGGAAGAAUUACACUGAAAGCAUCCAGACAUGCUUGUAUUGAAGUUCAAGAUGAAGUUGCAUUUAUUCCUAAUGAUGUUCACUUUGAAAAAGAUAAACAGAUGUUCCAUAUCAUUACUGGUCCAAAUAUGGGCGGUAAAUCAACAUAUAUUCGCCAAACUGGAGUGGUAGUUCUCAUGGCCCAAAUUGGGUGUUUUGUGCCAUGUGAGUCGGCAGAGGUGUCCAUUGUGGACUGCAUCUUGGCCCGGGUAGGGGCCGGGGACAGUCAGUUGAAAGGAGUCUCCACAUUCAUGGCUGAAAUGUUAGAAACUGCUUCUAUUCUCAAGUCUGCAACCAAAGAUUCUUUAAUAAUCAUAGAUGAAUUGGGAAGAGGAACCUCUACCUACGAUGGAUUUGGGUUAGCGUGGGCUAUAUCAGAGUACAUUGCAACAGAGAUUGGUGCUUUUUGCAUGUUUGCAACUCAUUUUCAUGAACUUACUGCCUUGGCCAAUCAGAUACCAACUGUUAAUAAUCUACAUGUCACAGCACUAACUACCAAACAGAGCUUGACUAUGCUGUAUCAAGUGAAGAAAGGUGUCUGUGAUCAGAGUUUUGGGAUUCAUGUUGCUGAGCUUGCUAAUUUCCCCAAGCAUGUUAUUGAGUACGCUAAACAAAAAGCCCUGGAACUAGAGGAGUUUCAGAAUAUUGGAGAACCAAGAGAAUAUGAUGAAAUGGAACCAGCAGCAAAGAGGUGCUAUCUGGAAAGAGAGCAAGGUGAAAAAAUUAUUCAAGAGUUUCUCUCCAAGGUGAAGCAAGUGCCCUUUUCUGAAAUGUCAGAAGAAAACAUCACAAUAAAGUUAAAACAGCUGAAAGCUGAGGGAAAGAUGGAGAAGUUAAGAGUUGAGUGGAUGGUCCUGCUGAACAUGGGAAGAAAAGGAUGGUCUUUUUAAUAAAUGGUGAUGGGAUGAUGGGUUAUUCAUAUAGGAACAAAAUGAAAGUGGAUCCCUAUUCCACACCAUAUAUAAAACAACUCCAGUGAAUUUUUGACCAAAAUGUACAAAGCAACACUACCAAGUUUUUAGUGUUUAUAGUUCUACAGAAAAUAAUAAGGGAAGUAUUUUUAUGAAUAUUUGGGAAAUAUUAUGAAAUUGGUUUUGGGAAAGAUUUCUUAAGUGACAAACACCAUGCGUAAUCUUUGACACAGUUAUAUUGAAAUUAAGAACCUUUUUUCAUUAGAAAGCAUCACAAAGUAAGAAGACUACAGUUAACUCUUGAACAACGGAGAGGUUAGGGGCACUGACUUCCUGUGUAGUCAAAAAUCCAUAGUCCCUCCAUGUCCACGGUCUGCAUCUGUAGAUUCAAUCAAUUGUGGAUCUUGCAGUAUUGCAGUACAUAUUUACUGAAAAAAACCCAAGUGUAAGUGGGUUAGUGUAGUUCAAAUCUGUGUUGUUCAUGGGACAACUGUAGCUCUGUAAUGGGAGAACAUAUUGGUGUCACAGUAUCAAAGAAUUUAUAUCCAGAAUAUAUAAAGAACUCCUAUAAAGUCACUAAAUAGACACUUAAGACUUUUUUAGGGGGGGGGUGUAAUUGAGGUUUAUUUUUUUAUGUUAAUGAAGGUACUGGGGAUUGAACCUAGGGCCUCGUGCAUGCUAAGCAUAUACUCUACCAGUUAAAAUCAAAGGACCUAAAUAGAUAAUUUUCCAAGGAAGAUGAGCAAAUGGCCAGUAAGCACAUGAAAAGAUGCAGGACGUCAUCAGGGAAAUGCACAUCCAAACCACGGGGAGCUACACUUAACACUCACUAGGAUAGCUAAAAGCAAAAGUCGGAUAACCAGUACUGAUGAGAAUAUGGAGAGAUUGGAAGACUGCUGUGAAAAUGUAAAAUGUGCAGUCACUUUUGGAAAGCAGUCUGGCAUUUUCUCAAAUAAAGAUAAGAGUUACCAGAUGACCCAGUAUUUCCAUUCCUAUGGAUAUAUCCAAGAGAAAUAAACAUGUUUACACAAAAACUUCUACAUAAAUGUUUAUAGCAGAAUUACAAUAGGGAAGAAGUGGAAAUAACCCAAUGUCCGUCAAUGGAUUAAAUGGAUGGAUAUACAAAAUGUAGGAUAUCCAUGCAAUGGACUGUUAAUUGGCCAUGAAAGAAAUGAAGGACUGAUACAGGCCAAAGCUAGGAUGAACCUUGGAAAUAUCAGUUAAGAAGCCAGUCAUAAGAGUCUAUGAACUACAUGAUUCUGUCUGAAUGAAAGGCCAGAAUAGGAAAAGCUAUAGAAACAGUAGAUUAGCAGUUGCAUGGCUGGCGGGCAGAGAGUGGACAGCUAGGGAGGUGAUAACUAAAGGGUGUGGAGGUUUUUUUUGAGAUGAAAAUGUUCUAAAACUGAUGAUGGUUGCACCUAUCUGAAUAUACUAAAAACCACUGAAUCAUACACUUUAAAUGUGUGAUGUAAAUUAUAUCUCAAAACAUUUUAAAAGAAAUUAAUCAGUUAAAAAAAAAAUUCAGGCACUUUACCCAGGGAGAAAUCUAAAUGAUCCAUACACAUGAAAAGGUCCUCAACACCAGUGAGAAAAAUGAAAAAAACCUCCCGACUCUGCCCUCCCCACCAGACUGACAGUCAUUUACAAUGUGAUUAUGCCAACUCUUGUUGAGAAAAUGGAACAAUACUGCUAGAGAGAAUAAUUAGUAAAGUUGAAAAUACGCAUAGGACCCAGCAGUCCUGCUCCUAGGUGCAUACUUGGGAGGUGCUUGUACAUGCUGUGCUAUGAUGUGUACACAAGAAUGCGAUAGACCCACAAUGGAAACAACCCAGCUAUGAAAACAAACUACAGCUACACAAAAUAACAGAUGGAAUCUUAGAAACCAAGUAAAAGAAAUGACAGAUAAAAGAUAAUACAUUUUUUUUCCCAAUCAUAGGAAGUUGAAGAAUCGGUAAAAUACUGUUUGGUGGUGCAUUCAUAGGAGAUGAGACUCUAAAGAAAAACAAGAACGUGAAUAUAAGUGCUCAAACACAUCUUUGAUCCAGCUAUAUGAGAACUCAGCAGGGGCAUGAACAAUACGGGAUGCUGGGCAGCCUUCACUGGAGCAUCCUGAUCUUAUUUCUAGACUUGGUAAAUAGAAGACCACACUGCUGCGGCCUUUGCUUCACCUUAAAGAGAUUGUAUGCUCCUAUAUCUACUUCUGUGGACAAUUUGCAGUGGCUUAUACAUAGAAGAUCCCACAUAUAAGUGAUAUCAAGUGGGACUUCUAGCCAAGAUGGCAGAGUAGAGAGAAUCACAGCUCGCCCUCUCCCACAAAUACACCAAGAAUUACAACUACAAACCCACUGAAUUGCACAGAACACCUACUGAACUCUGGCAGAGUGUCUCUCUCUUGGAAAUACAGGAUUCUCACAAAAUCUGGUAAGAGAAAAAAAGAAAAAGAAAAAAAGUAAUAUCAAGUGGUAUUUUUCUUCCUAUUUCUGGCUUCACUAGUGUGACAAUCUCCACGUCUAUCCAUGUUGCUGCAAAUGGCAUUAUUUUAUUCUUUUGUAUGGCUGAGUAGUAUUCCAUUAUAUUAUAUACCACAUCUUCUUUAUCCAAUCAUCUGUCAAUGAACAUUUAUUUCCAUGUCUUGGCUAUUGUAUAUAGUGCUCCUAGGAACACUGGGGUGCAUGUAUCUUUUCAAAUUAGAGUUUCCUCCAGACAUAUGCCUAGAAUUGGGAUUGCUGGAUCAUAUGGAAGUCUAUUUUUAGUUUUUUAAGGAAUCUCCAUACUGUUUUCCAUAAUGGCUGCACCAAACUACAUUCCCAACAGUGUAGGAGGGUUCCCUUUUAUCCCCACCCUCUCCAGCAUUUACUG